CUGAUUCCAUUCGCAGAGGAAUAGGUCUCUGGGAUUUUACCAUGAAGCCUGCGCAACUUCUGCGGAAACUGGAGAAGAAUGGCGUCUUCAGAUUCACAGCCUCGAUUGAUGUUGGUGGUGUACCUAUUCAUGUCGAGAUUUUGACAGGAAUCAGAUUUGCAAGAAUUACUUUUGCUGUCGGUUUUGUGUUUGAUCGGGAGUCAUUUGGAAAAGUAGCGGAGAAACUGUCUGGCAUCGGAGUCGAUUUCCUGGACAAACUCGGACUAGAGUUAGAGAUUGGCGUGUCCUUUCAACCUCCCGAUUCCUUAGGAUUUCAGCAACUAUUUGUGGAUGCUGAAACCAAGUUUUCCAAAGAGCCGCUGCAUAGUUUUAUCACCACUGAGAUUCCCCAAGGAAUCUUUGCUGCAGCUCAAAUCGUUUUGCCAAAAGACUGCAAAGGCAACAAAUUCUGUGAAAUUGUCAAGAUGAUUGUAGGGCCAACAGUCAAGUGGUACAUUACGGGUCAAUUUCAAUGGAAGAAAAUCCGAGUCGCCACAGGAUUUGCUAAUGUUCGUAUUUUUGAUGGGUUGUACUUUCACAAGCUUGAGCUCUAUGUCGAGGCUGAUUGGAAUGCGACGCAUAAACAUAUCAAGAUGGGAUUCCGUGCAGAUAUCAAAGUCCCGGUAAAUGGAGAAAUUUAUCGUGACGGCAUCAGAGCUCCUAACAGCGAACUGUUCCUAUUCGGUGUGUUAGAAUACGAUUUCACGGAACAGCAAGUCGCAGGAAAACUUGGCAUGCGCGGAAUUUGGCGGAAAGCUUACUUCAUACCAUUCCUUGGCAUCGGGAACAUUUACCUCGGUUUGACGUAUAAAGUUGGAGCGCCUAUACCCAUCACUGGUGUGCAGUUUGGAAUGCGAAUCGAAUUUGGAUAUGACUGUCUAAUACCAGCAGACUUUAAUAAUGACGGUCACUGUUUUGGUGGCAGUGGCUAUUUUGGUGUUGGAAAGCCCCAGUUCUUCUACGCUGACAUGACAGCAUUGACCCUUGGAAAAAUUUUUAGACUUCUGGGAUUCAAAUUCCCGCUUCCACCUCCAAUAGCACAGACAGGCUUCCCAGAGGGCGCUGCGGGCUCAUACGCUACAGACAACGUUGAUUUACGUAUUGCUGGUGGCCCGUACAUCUACAAGGGUUUCAUGAUCAAAGGACGAGUCAACAUUUUGGGUUGGUCAAUUUUCGCCCACGUCAAGUUGUCAGAUGUGGCAAUAUUCGUGGACUUGAAACCAGAUCCAAUAAAACUUCUGAACAUUUUAAAAAUCGUGCGCAGCCCUAGCCAGCAAGAUUUGGGUCCUUGGUUCUACGUUGAUGCUAGAAAGACUCCCAUCUUCAUCGAAGCAUACAUCGAAGGGUACACGGAGCUUCUUGGGAUUUCAACUUAUUGCCGGUUGAACUUGACAAUGGAAAGGAUGGAGUUGCUGAUCCGAGGGAAUUUCCUGGGCCUCAUAAAGGCUGAGUUGUUUGUGUCUGCAAGUUAUAGCUUGAGUUUCGUUGGCGCUCAGUUUUACGUCAGGGUUACAGUGGACUUGAGUGGAAUAAACAAUGCUCUAGACGCCGCUGCCAAAGCCGUCAAAGGGGCUUUUGAUGAGGCGCAGAGGAGGCUUUCAGAUGCACGAAAUGCCGUAAUCAGAGAAAAGGAAAACUGCAAAAGGAAGAUGGCACUCAAAUGUGAUAACUGUAAAAAGCUCAAGUGCGCUCAAGCGGAGCGUAAUUGUAAAGGAUUUUUGGAUGCCGCUGGCAAGUGGAUUGGUGGCGUGGUCAAUGCUGCUGGAAAAUGGAUCAAAAAGACUUUUAAGAAGAUUGGGAAAGCUUUAGCUCCGGUUGGAAAAGCGAUCAAGAAAUUUUUUAAGGGUUGGAGAAAGAGAAGAGAACUACAAGACAUGCGCAAUGAGGACUUUGCCCUUCACAUACGUAAACGUCGAUUUAUCAGCAAACUUAUAUGCGAAGGUCUUGUGGGAGGAGGCUGCAAAGCGGUGUCUCACCUCUGCUAUGGAUCUUGUAAGGCCGUAGAGCAUAUCGGGAAGGGUCUCUGCAACAUACUCGACGUAGCCGUUGGCUUUUUGAAGUUAACUGAGAUGGCUUGUAACUGGGUUAGCAAGGCUAUAAACUUUAUCCUGACUCAGCUGUUUAGAAUCCACAGCAUCAAAUUCGAGUUCGGUUUGGCAGCCUACGCAAACGGAGGGAACAGCAACUUCAUUUUCAACGCAGCUGUUGACCUGACCAUAUUUGGAAAGCGCCUUUACCUUGCUCUGGGUUUUAACCUGAAAGAUCCAGUAGGAAGUCUGAGGACUGGGGCCGAUAAAUCUACAGAGUGGUACAAGGAUAAGAUGAACCCCAAGAAUCCGACCGAUACAGAAAAGAAUUACUACGACUCUCCUAAUCCGUUUGCUGACUUUGAAAUGUCAGAAAUAUUCUUGAUAGAGAAUCAGCAAUCGGCGACAGAUGACAGACGUGGACCCUGUUUGUACGUGGACUCCAAGACAGAUGGCGCCUAUGUUAAAGUAACAGGUUGUAAUGAAACAGAUGAGAAACAGAAUUGGGUGUACACUCUUAAAGGGCAAAUAAUGAACUCUUGGUCUAAACAUUGUAUCGAUACAAACGGAGCUACACAGGGUUCAAAGCUCAUACAAACCAAGUGUGACCCGAAGCAGGAUGAUCAAAACUUUCAGUGUGACUUAGCGGUCAGAUCCAUUAAGAGAAGAAGAGCUAACCAGUGCUGGACGGUCGGUACGACAAGCUUAAAUGGUCCUGGUUCUUUGGUCCAUCUUGGCUCUUUGAAGUGCAUUCAUCCACAGGGGGGAGGGAACAAUGUUGCAGAAGGCACCAAGCUACUCAUACAUAGCGGAUGUAGUGAGAGCAGAUUAGAGUUUAUCCUUAGCAAUGGCAAUCUGAAACACACAAAGAGUGGAAAAUGUGUGCAGCCAGUAGGAGCAGUCAAUGAUGGUGUCACCCUCGGUUUAUUUUCGACGUGUGAAGGACAUCAGUUCAGUUUCACCAACGGAGGGUCACUGCAACACGUUGGAAGCAAAAAGUGUGUCAACACAAAAUCAGGGAAAAUGAUACCAGUGAACAGCGAGGAUUUAAUUCUGAGCAGCAAGUGUGAAAACAGUGACAGUUCAUUAAACAAGGAACAUCUCUUGUUCAGCUUUAUUCCCACCGACCCGCACGUCCAUCUUGAUAAGUGUACAUAUUUUGAUCAAGCAAGACUGGAUCAGCGGUUUGAGGUCGUGGAUGAACCGAUUGUAAGCGUCUGUAGCAAGUUCGCUGCAAAUCUUGCUCACAAGAAGAAGACAGAACAGUCGAGUACCGCUUACAAUGGAUUCAGCGGCCGAGCUGUUGAUGAAAACUAUUCCACUUACUAUGAUGACAAGUCUUGCACACAAACCAAGAAGGAAAUGAACCCGUGGUGGAGGGUUGAUCUGGGAAGGGAGUACAUCGUGACAGACGUCAUGAUAGUAAAUCGUCAUAACUACUUUGAACGACUCAAAAACUUUGACGUCAGAGUUGGCGUCAAUAAAGACAACUUACAGAACCCAACAUGUCACGACCGUGUGAGGACUGUGGGCCAGGGACAAGCUCUGAGAGUUCAGUGUGAUCCACCAAUCCCAGGACGAUACGUGUCAGUGCAGAUGUUUGGAGAAGGAAUUCUGACCAUGUGCGAGGUGACGGUCUACUCCAGAGUUGGCGCCUUGGCAGAUCUGUGCCAGCUUGAUAAUGGCGGCUGUCAACAGGUUUGUUAUAACCUGUGUAACCUGAAAGUCAAGUGUGGCUGCUGGCCCGGUUACACUCUCGCUUACGAUGGCAAGACAUGCAUGGAUAAGGAUGAAUGCCAUGCCAACAAUGGUGGUUGUGAUGUCUUCAAUGGUUUGUGUGUCAACACUCCCGGUAGUUAUCUAUGUACAUGUAAACAGGGAUUCCAGCUUAAAGAGAACAGCGAAUUCCUCUGCGAAGAUUUCAAUGAAUGUAGCCUGAAUAACGCGGGAUGUGAACACGUUUGCAACAACACUGCAGGAAGCUUUAACUGCGAUUGCAGAGCAGGAUUCAAACUUAAAGCUGAUAAAAUGGGUUGUGAAGACAUCGAUGAAUGCGCUUCACCGGACAAAGGUGGCUGUGACCAUAAAUGCAGCAAUUAUGAAGGCGGAUAUUACUGCACCUGCCUGCCUGGUUAUCGACUCAGAGAUGACGACAAAAGUUGUGAAGAGAUUUAUUGCCCCCCGUUGGAAGCCCCAUUCCGUGGCCUUAUUACCCCGCCAGCCUGCACUGAUGAUCGUGCAAAUAUCAGACGUAACACAGUCUGCACCUAUGGGUGUGUGGCUGGACAUUACCUGGCGGGCGGAGCUCAAUAUUUGGUUUGCCAGUUAGACGGAAUGUGGAAAGGAAACGUUCCAUACUGUAAACCGGUCGUUUGUCCAAAGCUGACUGUACCUUACAAUGGUGGAGUGGUCCCGUCGUCAUGCUCCCAAACAGACGUCGAAUACGGGACACGGUGUGUCUUCUAUUGCGGCGAUGGAUAUGCACUCAGCGGUCCUAGGUACACUACGUGUCAAGAUGACACUUCAUGGAGCGAGAUGGCGCCACUUUCCUGUGUAAGAGUUUACACGGAUCCAUGGAUCGCGUGUCCAAUCGACAGAGUAGAUGAACUUGAGCCAGACAAGUCCACUGUGGUGCUUGGAUACAAGUGGCAGCUUCCACGAACCAAUAUGAAGAACGUGACAGUGUCGCCUAGCAACUAUGAUGAGAAUUAUCCUUUCCCUGUUGGCAGACACCGGGUCACGUGGAUAGGAACCAGUGACAGUGGAACACAGAAGAGUUGCAGCUUCUAUGUCACUGUGAAUGACGUGACUGCGCCGUCAGUCCAAGGUUGUCCGACGUCCUUCUCAGAUAAAACUAACUCUCUUCAAAAGAAGGUCACAUGGACACCUCCAACAUUCACUGAUAAUGUAGGUGUACCCAGUGUGCUAUCCAAUCGUCAGCCAGGAUUCGAGAUGAAAACUUAUACUUCGCUAACAAUACGAUAUACUGCUACUGACGCAGCAGGAAAUGUCGCUUAUUGCAUCUUCAACAUCACUUUAGAAGGCUCAACUUGCAUCACAAUUCCUCAUCCCAAGAAUGGAGUCGCCAUGAAGCUCGGUUUGUUCCUACAGUUGAGAUGCAAUCCUGGAUACUUCUUCAACCCAUCUCCCCCCGGAUUACCUGGUCUAUUCCAGAAUCCUUACUACAGAUGUAUGGGCAACAAGUGGGUGUCUCAAAAUGACCGAGUCUCUAUCUUAACAAAGCCUCCAGAUUGUAUGGCGUACGUCUCCUACGACGGCUCAUUCUGCCACGACGGGAGCAUUUUGUUGCAGACCAUUUGCUUGAACUGUCCUCCAGGAACCUACAGCGAAGGCACAACUAACAUAUGCAAAGAUUGUAACGCUGGCUUCUAUCAGGACGAAGAGGGGAAAACGGAAUGCCAGCCCUGUCCAAAGAACUCCUCCAGCGUCAUCACAGGAUCCAAAUCAAAGGCAGAUUGCAAACGUAAGAUUCAAGAUUCAUCUUGCUAUUACAUUUGCGGUUUAUCUGUUAGCAAAAUUGUCUUAAUUUCUAUUACAGUCAUGCUUUAAACUUGCACAACAGCUCGGCGGACGCAGAGCUAUGGCACACAAACGAGCCGACUGUGCAGACAAUGAGUUUGUCUACAUAAUAUAAAGAAAAUUACACAGUGGCUCGGAGAUAU